AUGGCCAGAAGUAUACCCACUACUAGGUCUGCAGAAGAAGUAGCGGUUGGAUUUUUAUUAUGCUGGAUAUCCCGCUUCGGAGCUCCAGUCAAAAUGACGACUGAUCGAGGUACUCAAUUUAAAUCUGAAUUAUUUAGAUCAUUAAACAAGUUGACAGGUACCAUUAGGAUCAGGACUUGCAGCUAUCAUCCAUGUUCCAACGGACUAAUAGAGCGCUUCCAUCGACAACUCAAGACUGCGAUAAUGUGUUACAAAGACAACACAUGGUUGGAAGCACUUCCGCUAAUUCUAGUAGGCAUUCGAAACGCUUACAAACCUGAUAUCAAGACAUCAGCCGCUGAAAUGGUGUAUGGUGAACCACUUCGCCUUCCUGGAGAAUUUUUUGAAUUAUAUAAAAAUCCUCAAAAUUUAAGACAUCCGGCUGAUCUACUCUCGAGACUUCGAGAACACGUAGCGCAUCUUCAACCAAGACCUACAAACAUGCACGAAUAUUUUCCUCCGCGACGAUACUAUCAGGAAGUCACUCCAAAUCAAGGUCCAUACGAAGUUCUUAAGAGAGAUGAUAAAACAGUAACCAUACGAACACAGAGAGGCAGUACACGGAUGUCCAUCGAUCGCAUCAAACCAGCCUAUAUCAUCGUAGAUCCAAUGUUCUUGGGAAUUCAAAUUGCAGCAGAAUCUAGUGACUAA